AGCUCUAUUGGUGCAAUUGACGGUACCCACAUUGAUGCCCGAAUACCCAACCACGAGAAGGUAGCAUACAUCGGUCGUAGUGGUGCAACAACGCAAAAUGUCAUGGUUGUAUGCGACUUCAACAUGUGUUUUACUUUUGUGGUUGCGGGAUGGGAAGGGAGUGCACGUGAUAGUCAGAUUUUCUCCUUUGCCACGAGGAAUAGAUCGAAGUGUUUCUCUAACCCCCUAUCAGGAUAUCCUAUGCAAAGCGGAUACCUGAAGCCUUACUCUGACACAAGAUAUCAUUUUCUUGAUUUCGAGCGAGCUAGUGGCACAGUUCGUGGCAUAAAGAAAAUGUUUAAUAAAUGCCACUCAUCUUUACGAGGGGUAAUUGAAAGAACAUUUGGAGUUUGGAAGAAGAAGUGGGUCAUCUUACGUGAUAUGCCGUCGUAUCCUUUCCAAAAGCAGGUGUACAUUGUGGUUGCAACAAUGACACUACAUAACUUCAUCCGAAGACAUUUCUCGCAAUCAGAUACAAACUUCAGUAUGACUGACAAUGAUGAACUCAAUGCUUUCGAGCAACCAACAGGACUUGUAGGGGGACAUUCAUUACCUGAGGAGGAUAUAGAAUCUAAUGAUUUUGGAGAUCAAGAUGCUGAAAAUUAUAGCGUCGAGCGGCUAGCCGGUCUCAUCUCCGAAGAGGUAGGUAAAAGAAUUGAGAAUGUCCCCACUUGCGGAAGCUGUGGGAGAAAUUAUGCUGUCUCAGUGACGGUUGAUUCAGGAAAAGGUGGCUGCAAGCGUAGUGGCAGCCGCAAGGGGGAUCCGUGCUUUUGGCGUUGUGGGGAAGUUGACUCACUGGGGUUGAGGAACAAGGAUGAGGCUGUCGAUGAAAUGCUUGAUGAAGCUCUUGGAAAAGGUGGGCGAUGCAUGGGUUUAGGCGGUGGGAAGAUUUACACUGUGUUCGUGGGGGUGAGCGAUCUGCAGGAGGGGGUCCGGAUUGUGGUGGGAAAGUAUCGACAUGCUUGGAUUGUGGGCAACGUUGAGGAGAAUGAUGCGAGCUUGUUGAUUACAAACAUUUUUUUGAAGUAUUUUGUGAAUGGAGGACGGGAGGAGUUAGUGGAGCAGAGGAAGGGAGAGUUUGUGCCAGUUGGAUUGGAUGGCAGUGUCGUGCUAUCUUUUAGUCUUUUGAAUGCUAACCCUAAUGAUUGGGUUUAUGGCUGGGAAUUUCAGAAGAUAGAUGAGGUUAUGUUGGCUCCAAUUGUGGAGGCCUUAGCACCAGUAGCAAACAUACAUAUAGAAAGUCAGGUUCUGUACCAUACUCCAAAAUCAUCUAUUUCCAGUUGGCGUGAUAAGUCAGGGGACAACAUCUUUGGCAUAGGGGAUCUUCCUUUCUUUGUAAAUUCAAAUGAAUGGCAUUUGGACACUUCUAUUGCCGCAGCUGGACGUUCAAAAAUUCUGCAAAUUGUGCUAUAUGUUCCAUCAAGAAAUGAAUGCCCACUAAUUUUACAACUUCCAGAUGGACAGACUUCAAAGACCAAUGGGUUUAUAUCUCCUAUGUGGGGAGGUGUUAUUGUGUGGAAUCCUCCUGAAUGCUCUGCAAAUUCUCAAAAUAAUACUCUGAUCAGGAGAACAAUGUCACCUGAGGAUCUUCAGAAGAUCUUUCAAGUUAUUGUUGGGCAGCUUCGCCUUCUGUUUGGUUUUAAAUCUGAUUACAUUCGAGAUGAUGAUAUGGACAUGAUUAACAUUUUACCAAGUGAAAAAGGAUUUACAGAAUGGGAGUUGGACGCCCUGUAUCGUCAUCAUGCUUGUUACAAUCUUAUAUCUUGUGCCACUACUCUUGAGUCUCUCUCAAAAUUGGUUCAGUCACUUCCCAGAAUGAUUAUUAUGGAUGAAAUAAGAAAGCAGGUGAAGUAUUCUCUUGAAGCUGCAAGCCUAGCUCUAAAUAAUGCCUCUCUUGGGAUGUAUGAUGCUUCAGCUGCAUCUUCUCUGCAAGCGAGAUCGUUAGCUGAGGAUGCAUUCUUCCAUCCAUCCAUCAUGUCAAUCAGCUAUUCUUCCCUCGAGCAUUAUUUUGCUAUAUACAUGCCAUUUUUUGCGCCUGUGUCGUUGCAUCUGAUCCUGGCAGUUGUGAGAGAAGUAGGAAGGUAUAGGAGAGAGCGUGCGAAAUACCAGGCAUUCAUGGCAGAAAAUGCGAAGAUAUCCUAAUUAAUUAACGUAUUUGUGGAUGAAGCAAUAGAAUGGAAUUUUACAAAUCUGCCUUUCCAUCCAUGAUAUCCUUCCUAGAGAGGAAGCACAAAAGUCUUAGUGUAGAUUUUUUGCUAUUUGCGUUUGGGAUGUCUAGCUUGUGAUUAUACUUUGUUUUUUUUAUUUUUUUUGGCAGUUAUCAUGUAGGGGCGUAAAUGAACCGAACAUGAGUAAGUCUGCGUUGAACUCUUGUUCGUUAAAAAAUGCCACUGUUCAUCUUCGGCUCGUUUAUAUUUCAUCACACAAAAAAUUUGUUCGUGUUCGACACUUUUGCUUAGCGAACGAAUCAAACACAAACUGCUUAACGAGCCGAACACGAACUGAUCGCGAACAACAAACUCUUUGGAUAGUCCUAUCUGUAUGCCCCAUGAAAUUUUUAAAAUGGCAAACUCAAGACUUCAGA